GUUUAAAGGACAGUUUCUGGCUAUACAAAGCAAAUUACAAAAAAUGUCUAAGGUUGUUUGAAAAUAAAAGAGAGCCGCACUCUCUAGGAGCUCAGAUGCAAAAAAUGUAAUUACCAACGUUUCGACAACCAAGCUGUCUUCAUCAGGGUAUUGCUAAGGUUGUAACAUAGGCUAAAUAACAGCUAUACGCACUGAAAUAAUUUUCCUUCCUUGUCCAGACAUCUGCCUGAAGAUGACAGACAGAUACAACAUUCACAGCCAGUUGGAGCAUCUUCAAUCUAAAUACAUUGGAACAGGCUUUGCUGACACCAGGAAGUGGGAGUGGUUGGUGAACCAACAUCAGGACUCAUACUUUUCAUAUAUGGGUCACUUUGACCUGUUGAAUUACUUCUCUGUUGCUGAGAACAAGAGCAAAGCCCGAGUGCGCUUCAAUCUCAUCCUGUGUCCCACCUUCGGACAAACCUGA